AUGGGGGAGUGUAGAAGAGAGAGUAGGGAGAGAGGAGAGAGCAAGGACCGGCAACAGAAGGAGAGAGAGACGGUUAAGGUAGGAGAAGCAGAGACGAGAUAAGAAAUAGUAUGAAGUAGAGAAGGAUAUGAGACGUAGAGAGAGGAGAGAAGAAAGAGAGAGAGAGGGACGUGGAGAGAGGAGAAGAAGAUGAGAGAAAAAAAUCCAAAAAGAUUAAGAUAGAGAUGAGAGAAGAGAGAGAGAGAGAGAGGAGGAGAGAGAGGGAGAGAGGCGCGGAGAAAUAAAUAGAGAGAGAGAGCGAGAGGGAGAGAGAGAGAGAAGAGGAGAGAGAAAAAGAGAGAGAGAGAGGAGGGAGACGAGAGAGAGAGAGAGAGAAAAAGAGAGAGGAGAGAGAGAGAGAGAGAGCGAACAAAUCUGGAAAUGUAACCCCCCCACACGCCAGCAGACAGAAGAUGAUAACCUAGAGCAGAGUACAUAAAAGUGAAAUUACUAUAUUAAUCCCGGGUAACUAGGGAAACAACGCAAAUGGCGAAUCAAGCUGAGAAGAGAGAGAGAGAAGAGAGAGAGAGGGGGCGAGAAAGAGAGAGAGAGAGAAAAAAAACCUCUUCCUGGUCUCUCUCUCCCCCUGUCCUCUCUCUCUCCCCGUACCCCCUUCCCUCUCUUUCUCCUCUAGGUUCGAGUGUUGGCAGCAUGCUCUGAGAGCAGACUGAACAAGAGGAUCAGUGCUGAUGACCAGGGUUCUCUGUUCACAGACCAGGAUGAGAAGGUUGUGUGUGUGUGUGUCGGGGUGGGGGGUUAGGUGUAGUUAUGACUGGACAUUUUGAGUGGAGGAUUGUUGGUCUGAGUAGUGGUCUGUUAGGGGUGAUACCUGUCUAGUUGAUUGGCUCGUCCUAGCUAGAUUUGUUUUGGAAAUUACAUCGUGAUUGUGCUGUGAUUGAGGUACUCCGACCUGUGAUUGGCUCUUGAUGAGUGACUGCAUGUGAUCGGAUGUUAAUGUGUGCAUCCGUACUGGGUGAUUGGCUGUUGAUGAGUGCCUCUGCUCUGUGAUAGGUCCUGGCCUGUCACAUGGGUCUGCUCGGGCUGGUCCUGGACAAUGUUCAGCUCUUUGAAAGUUCCAGACAGGAAGCCAACCGCUGCCAGGUACGUGUCAAUCAAUCAUUCAAUCAAUCAUCACUCCACCACGUGUAUAUCUAUUGCCAGGUCUGUUUUGUGUCUAUGUCUUUGUUGUUUAUUGUGUGUUGUGUGUGUUCGGGUGUGUCUGUGUGUGUUUGUUGCGUUGUGUGUGGUGUGUUGUCAGGUGUUGCUGACCUGAUGGCCAGGCUGUCUGCUAGGAACAGAAGUCGAUGGAGAAUCUCCUGGGCAAAAUGGCCGCCACCAUCCUGCCCUUCGCACGUGCUCAGUACUGUACCAUUUUCAUCGCCAGGGACAGACCCAAGGUACACAGCACCAUGAUGUCAUAUCCUGUUCCUUAUUGAAAGACAGUCUCCCUAUUACAGUGACAGUUUGGGGAAAAAAUGCCUGUUCUUCUUUGACAACUCUGGGCCCACACCAACCUAUGCCCCUAUGCCCUAACCCCAAUCCCUAGCCCCUAACCCACCUAACCCCAACCCCUUAACCCCAUGCCCCCCCCAAACCCACCUAGCCCCUAACCCCUAGCCUAUGCCCUAGCCCUAAACCCUAUGCCCCCAACCCUAGCCCUAUUGCCCCUAACCCUAAACCCUAUGCCCUCCUAGCCCCUAACCCUAUGCCCUAAACCCUAGCCCUAUGCCCCUAACCCCUAAUCCCCUAAACCCCUAUGCCCCUAACCCCCUAACCCCAACCCUAACCCCUAUGCCCCUAACCCAAACCCCUAUUACCCCAACCCCUACCCCUAUGCCCUAACCCUAUGCCCCUAACCAUAUGCCCCCAACCCCUGCCCCUAACCCUAACCCCUAUGCCCCUAACCCCUAUGCCCUAACCCCUAUGCCCUAAACCCUAUGCCCCAAACCCUAGCCCUAUGGGCCCCUUUGCCCUAACCCUAUUGCCCUGCCCUAUGCCCUAACCCUAUGCCUAAACCCCUACCCUAUGCCCCAGCCCUAACCCCCUAACCCCUAGCACCUAACCCCUAUGCCCCUAACCCCUAACCCCUAAACCCUAUUUCCCCUAAAACCCUAUUGCCCCAAGCCCCUUAUGCCCUAACCCUAUGCCCCUAGCCCCUAACCCUAUGCCCCUAGCCCUAACCCCCUAACCCCUAGCCCCUAACCCCUAUGCCAAACCCCCAACCCUAACCCCUAACCCCUAGCCCUUUUAACCCUAUGCCCCUAACCCUAGCCCCUAACCCCCCCUAACCCCCAUUUCCCCUAAUCCCCCAGCCCCUAACCCUAUGCCCCAACCCUAACCCUAGCCCUAGACCCCUAAACCCUAGCCCUAGCCCCUAACCCCCUAACCCCUUUGCCCUACCCCUAACCCCUAACCCCCAUGACCCCCUAGCCCCUAACCCUAUGCCCCUAACCCUAUGCCCCCAACCCCUACCCCCAACCCCUAACCCCCUAGCCCCUAUGCCCCAAAACCCCCAGCCUAUGACCCUAGCCCCUAACCCCAUGCCCUAACCCUAACCCCUAACCCCCAGCCCCCAAACCCCUAACCCUAACCCCUAACCCUAUGCCCCUAGCCCCUAACCCCUAACCCUAUGCCCCUAAACCCUAAAACCCCCAACCCUAUUGCCCCCUAACCCCUAACCCACUAACCCUAUGCCCUAACCCCCUAACCCCUAACCCUAACCCCUAUGCCCCUAGCCCCUAACCCCUAAACCCUAUGCCCCUAACCCCCAACCCUAACCCUAGCCCUAGCCCCCAACCCCUAACCCUAUGCCCCUAGCCCUAACCUAUGCCCUAAACCCCUAGCCCUAUGCCCCUAACCCUAACCCCUAUGCCCUAGCCCCUAACCCCUAACCCCUAUGCCCCUAACCCUAACCCUAGCCCUAACCCCUAACCCUAUGCCCCAACCCCUAACCCCUAUGCCCCUAACCCCUAACCCUAACCCUAACCCCUAACCCCUAACCCCUAACCCUAUUUCCCCUAACCCUACCCUAACCCCCUAACCCCCAGCCCUAGAACCCCAACCCAACCCUAUGCCCCUAACCCCUACCCUAACCCUAUAGCCCCUAGCCCUAACCCUUACCCUAGCCCCUAACCCCAACCCUAUGCCCUAACCCUAGCCUAUGCCACUAACCCUACCCUAUGCCCCUAACCCUAACCCCAUAACCCCUAGCCCUAACCCCCAUGCCCCCCUAACCCCCUAACCCCCUUAACCCUUGCCCCUAACCCUAAGCCCUAGCCCCUAGCCCAACCCCUAACCCCCUAUGCCCCUAACCCUAAUUUCCCCUAACCCUAACCACCCUAAACCCCAUUUUGCCCCUAACCCUAGCCCCUACCCCUAACCCCUAACCCUAGCCCCCAACCCUAACCCUAUGCCCCUAGCCCCUGCCCUAUGCCCCCAACCCUAAACCCCUAACCAUAUGCCCCUAGCCCCUAACCCCUAACCCCUAUGCCCCUAACCCCUAUAGCCCUUACCCCUAACCCCUAACCCCAUGCCCCUAACCCCAUGCCCCCAACCCCUAACCCCUAACCCCUAGCCCAACCCCACCCUAACCCUAUGCCCCCCUAGCCCCUAACCCCCAUGCCCUCCUAACCCUAACCUAUGCCCCUAACCCUAACCCUAUGCCCCUAGCCCCUAACCCCUAACCCCUAUGCCCUAACCCUUUGCCCCUAACCCUAUUGCCCCCUAACCCCAUAUGCCCCUAGCCCUAUGCCCCCACCCUAUGCCCUAACCCUAAACCCCCAGCCCUAGCCCUAACCCCUAGCUUAAUGCCCCCAGCCCCUAACCCACUUGCCCCUAGACCCUAACCCCUACCCUAUACCCCUAGCCCACCCCUAACCCUAGUUUAUGCCCCUUAACCCCUAACCCCUAACCCUAUGCCCUUUAACCCCAUGCUUUAUGCCCCUAACCCCUAGCUAUGCCCCUAACCCCUAACCCUAUGCCCCUAACCCCUAGCCCUAUGCCCCUAACCCCUAACCCUAUGCCCCUAACCCCUAACCCCUAACCUUUUGACCCUUAACCCCUAACCCCUAAACCCCCCAUGCCCCUAACCCCUUAGCCCUAUCCCCUAACCCCUAACCCUACUGCCCCUAACCCUAGCCCUAUUUGCCCCUAACCCUAGCCCUACUUUUCCCCUAACCCUAACCCUAUGGCCCCAAACCCUAGCCCCUAACCCCUAGCCCUAACCCCCUAACCCUUAUGGCCCCAAGCCCUAACCCCUAGCUUUAUGCCCCUAGCCCAAUGCCCCUAACCCCUAGCCCUUGCCCAGCCCAAUGCCCUAACCCUAGCCCAUGCCCCCUAACCCUAGCCCCAACCCCUAGCCCCUACCGCCCUAGCCCUAAACCCCUAGCCCUUUUGCCCCUAACCCUAGCCCUAUGCCCUAACCCCCUACCCUAUGCCCUACCCCUAAACCCCAUGCCCUAGCACUAACCCCUAGCCUUUAUGCCCUAACCCAAUGCACCCCACCCCAACCCUAACCAUUUUGCCCCUAACCCCUAACCUAUGCCCUACCCUAACCCUAGCCCUAUGCCUCUAGCCCCUAGCCCCUAACCCUAUGCCCCUAGUCCCUAACCCCUAUCUCUAUGCCCCUAGCUACUAACCCCUAGUCCCUAACCCCCUAACCCUUCCUAACCCCUAACCCCUAAUCUACACUACCCCUCCCCUAACCACUAGCUUCUACCCCUAGCCCAACCCUAACCCCUAACCCCAAUAGCUCCUAACCCUAGCCCUAACCCUAGCUUUACCACUAAUCCUAACCCCUAACCACUAGCUCCUACCCUAGCCACCCUAACAACCUAACCCCUAGCUCCCAACCCCUAACCCCCAAUCACUAGUUACUAACCCCUAGCCCCUAACCACUAGCUCCUAACCCCUAUCCACUAGCUUCUAACCCCUAACCACUAGCUCCUAACCCCUAACCCACCAUAGCCACUAGCUCCUAACCCCUAAACACUAGCUUCUAACCCCUAACCACUAGCUCCUAACCCCUAACCACUAGCUCCUAAUCCUAACCCCUAACCACUAGCUCCUAACCCCUAACCACUAGCUCCUAACCCCUAACCACUACCACUGACCACUAGCUCCUAGCCCCUAACCCUAACCACUAACCCUAACCCCUAACACUGACCACUAGCUCUAACCCCUACCACUAGACCCUAACCCCUAGCAUAACCCUAACCCCUAACACUAGACUCCUAGCCCCUAAACCACUAGCUCUCCUAUUCCUAACCCUAACCACUAGCUCCUAACCCCUAACCACUAGCUCCUAACCCCUAUCCACUAGCUCCUAACCCCUAAGCACUAGCUCCUAACCCCUAACCACUAGCUCCUAACCCCUAAGCACUAGCUCCUAACCCCUAACCCCUAACCACUAGCUCCUAAUCCCUAACCCCUAACCACUAGCUCCUAACCCCUAACCACUAGCUCCUAACCCCUAUCCACUAGCUCCUAACCCCUAAGCACUAGCUCCUAGCCCCUAUCCACUAGCUUCUAACCCCUAAACACUAGCUCCUAACCCCUAACCACUGACCACUAGCUCCUAACCCCUAAGCACUAGCUCCUAACCCCUAAACACUAGCUCCUAACCCCUAAGCACUAGCUCCUAGCCCCUAUCCACUAGCUUCUAACCCCUAAACACUAGCUCCUAACCCCUAACCACUGACCACUAGCUCCUAACCCCUAACCACUAGCUCCUAACCCCUAUCCACUAGCUCCUAACCCCUAAGCACUAGCUCCUAGCCCCUAUCCACUAGCUUCUAACCCCUAAACACUAGCUCCUAACCCCUAACCACUGACCACUAGCUCCUAACCCCUAAGCACUAGCUCCUAACCCCUAAACACUAGCUCCUAACCCCUAAGCACUAGCUCCUAGCCCCUAUCCACUAGCUUCUAACCCCUAAACACUAGCUCCUAACCCCUAACCACUGACCACUAGCUCCUAACCCCUAAGCACUAGCUCCUAACCCCUAAACACUAGCUCCUAACCCCUAACCACUAGCUCCUAACCCCUAACCACUAGCUCCUAACCCCUACCAUGUAGAUCUGAAGUAAUGAUCAGAUAGGUUUCAAUAUAAUCAAUAUAAUUACUUUUGGGAGCAUAUGGUGAAUAGCAGUCUAAGGUUUGAUUGUGUUCUCAGUUUUCUGCUGUUGUUUUUUUAGUCUAAACUUUCCCAACUAUACGAGGAGGAUAACAGUCUAAAGGCGUCGGUGGUAAGCACCAGCACUAAAUAAGCCGUGCUUCUUUUCAAAAUAUUAUCACAAAAUACCUACCUUGUUUUUUCUCCCUAAAGCUUUCAGUUACACUGGUUUGUAAAACACAAUACAUAACUUUCUGGUUUUUAAAACACAAGACAAAACUUUCUGGUUUUUAAAACACAAGAUAAAACGUUCUGGUUUUUAAAACACAAGACAAAACUUUCUGGUUUUUAAAACACAAAACACAAUAAAUAACUUUCUGGUUCAUAAAACACAAGACAAAACUUUCUGGUUUUUAAAACACAAAACACAAUAAAUAACUUUCUGGUUUAUGAAACACAAGAAAUAACUUUCUGGUUUAUAAAACACAAUAAAUAAUGUUCUGUUUUUUAAAACACAAGACAUAACUUUAUUUGUGUCUUAGUUGACUGCAGCAUUGUGUUAGCUGGGUGGAUCCAGCAUGGUCACCACUUUUACUAUUUCUUUGCUUGGCUUAUCAGUCUGGUUUUGGUCGUAAAACACUUUUCGUUUCUGUUCGGACGCUGAUUGGACCAGCCGUUUUCUGGUUCAUUCCAAAACCCCAUCUGUUGGCUCGAAGGCCAGACUGAUAAAAGCAGAUCUAAAAGAUAUGGAACGUAGCGUUCAUUCUGGAUUCACCAGGCUAGUGUAUGUGUUGUCAGGACAGGGCUGGAAAUGGAGGGGGAAUCUGGGAGCGGAACCAGUGAAAUCAUUUUAAUAUUUUAGCGUUCGUAUUGAAGGAUUCCAGAGUGACUUUCUUCCAUUCCUACCCCCCUGUGUGUUGUUACUAAUGGUCUAUUGUUUAAACGGACAACCUUGUUGACGUGUUCUAUUGUUCUGUUGUGUUCUAGAACUCCUUCUCUGGGCUGGUCCAUAUGGAGGGAGAAGAACAUGGAUCAGAGUUCCAGAUCUAUAAAAGGUUCUAGAAGGUUCUUCCCUCUCGUAUCACUGUUGUAUCAUUCCACCGACGGCCGUGUUUUGUGUCAGUUUGUGUAUACAUGAUUUAGACCAUAGGGAUGUGUUUAAGACAUAACUGCUCUUUUUGAUUUAGUCGACUUGGGACGGUCUUGGUGUACUAAAACCGUGCAGAUAUCAGGAGCAAAUAGGAAUAUAUUUAAAUUGGGAGAAAGGUUGCAAAAUACCAGUCAUUUUCUCCACAUUCCCAGGUUUUCCCAAACAAUCCUGGUUGGAGGAUUCCUGAAUUUGCUCCUUGUUCCUUCCUGGUUCCAGGAAUCUUCCAACCGGAUCUUCUGGAUCACAUGGGCAUUUGGGGAAAGUUACCUGAAUGUCUCAACCUUAUUUGGGACUGGUGGCUUUGCACUGAUCAGCACCUUAUUUGGGGACUGGUGGCUUUGCACUGAUCAGCACCUUAUUUGGGAACUGGUGGCUUAGCACUGAUCAGCAGUGGACAAUUUUUCUAUGUUUGAUGGUUAAUGUCGCACUAUUGGACUGUGCUUGCACUGAUUCGCACCUUAUUGGGACUGGUGGCUACACUGAUCGACUUUUGGGUCAUGGGGCUGUUGCAUGAUCAGCACCUAUUUGGAAUGUGGUUACACUGAUCGACUGAUUGGACUGUGGCUCAGAUCAGCACUUAUUUACUGUGCUUCAAGGACUGAGCACACUAUGAUUCUGGUUCCAUAGAGACUGUAGCAUGACAUUUUAUGUGUUUCAGAGUGGUUAAUGUAAUAAUAUAUUUCUGUGUUUCCAUAGAGACUGUAGCAUCACUAUAUUUAUGUUUCCAUAGAGACUGUAGCAUCACUAUAUUUCUGUGUUUCCAUAGAGACUGUAGCAUCACUAUAUUUAUGUUUCCAUAGAGACCGUAGCAUCACUAUAUUUCUGUGUUUCCAUAGAGACUGUACCCUCCCAGACAUAGACCUGACCCACGCCCUGCAGGUGCUGGUCUCCAAGGAGACACUGAACGUGUCCGGCGCCGAUCAGGACCCCCCCACGGGUAGUCUGGUCUGCUGCCCGAUCAGAAAUGGGAAGACAGGGAAAAUCAUCGGUGCGUCGCUCUUUCUCCAUUUCACAUGUAUCUUUUCUAGUUUACAGUCUUUUUUAUACAGCUAUGUUUAUAUAACUUUAACCUUACUAUAGAAUUCCAUUGACAACAACAGCAUGAAUUCUAUAAUCAAAUCAAUUCAAAUCAAUUUUAUUUGCCACAUGCACCGAAUACAACAGGUGUAGACAUUACCGUGAAAUGCUUACUGACAAGCCCUUAACCAACAAUGCAUUUAUUUUUUGAUAAAAAAGUCAAAUAAAACAAAACAAGUGUUGAGAAAAAAAGAGCAGAAGUAAAAAUAAAAUAACAGUAGGGAGGCUAUAUAUACAGGGGGGGUACCGGUGCAGAGUCAAUGUGCGGGGGCACCGGCUAGUUGAGGUAGUUGAAGUAAUAUGUACAUUGGUAGAGUUAAAGUGACUAUGCAUAAUAAUUAAACAGAGUAGCAGCAGCGUAAAAGAUGGGUGGGGGUGGGGGGGGCAGUGCAAAUAGUCCCGGGUAGCCAUGAUUAGCCUGUUCAGGAGUCUUAUGGCUUGGGGGGUAGAAGCUGGUAAGGAGGCCUUUUGGACCUAGACUUGGCGCUCCGCGUAUCGCUUGCCGUGCGGUAGCAGAGAGAACAUCUAUGACUAGGGUGGGCUGGAGUCUUUGACAAUUUUGAGGGCCUUCCUCUGACACCCGCCUGGUAUAGAGGUCCUGGAUGGCAGGAGCUUGGCCCCAUGAUGUACUGGGGCCAUACGCACUACCCUCUGUAGAUGCCUUGCGGUCGGAGGCCGAGCAGUUGCCAUACCAGGCGGUGAUGCAACCAGUCAGGAUGCUCUCGAUGGUGGAGCUGUAUAACUUUUUUGAGGAUCUGAGGACCCAUGCCAAAUCUUUUUAGUCUCCUGAGGGGGGAAUAGGCUUUGUCGUGCCCUCUUCACGACUGUCUUGGUGUGUUUGGACCAUGAUAGUUCGUUGGUGAUGUGGACACCGAGAAACUUGACGCUCUCAACCUGCUCCACAUGCAGUAGUAAGAGUCGGGUGCCUCUGUUUGGUGUAGGGAGUCCUUCUUCUUCUUCUGUGGUUGUUAGAGGCACGCUGUUAGUCGUUGUUGAUAGUCGAGGCAGAGAUCUUGAUAUCAGUACGUCUUAAACCAGCGGAUUACUGGCUCUUCAGUCUUUAUUUACUGAUCUAUGCACUGACAAGGAAGUCUUGUAUUUACUGACUAGGAAGUAUUAUAUUUACUGAAUAGGAAGUGUUCUAUUUACUGACUAGGAAGUGUUGUAUUUACUGAUUAGGAAGUAUUGUAUUUACUGACUAGGAAGUAUUGUAUUUACUGACUAGGAAGUAUUGUAUUUACUGACUAGGAAGUGUUGUAGUUACUGACUAGGAAGUCUUGUAUUCACUGAAUAGGAAGUAUUAUAUUUACUGAAUAGGAAGUGUUCUAUUUACUGACUAGGAAGUAUUGUAUUUACUGACUAGAAAGUGUUGUAGUUACUGACUAGGAAGUCUUGUAUUCACUGAAUAGGAAGUAUUAUAUUUACUGAAUAGGAAGUGUUCUAUUUACUGACUAGGAAGUAUUGUAUUUACUGACUAGGAAGUGUUGUAGUUACUGACUAGGAAGUCUUGUAGUUACUGACUAGGAAGUGUUGUAUUUACUGACUAGAAAGUAUUGUAUUUACUGACUAGAAAGUGUUGUAUUUACUGACUAGAAAGUGUUGUAUUUACUGACUAGGGUGUGUUGUAUUGUCAUUUACUGACUAGGAUGUGUUGUAUUUACUGACUAGAACGUGUUGUAUUUACUGACUAGAACGUGUUGUAUUCACUGACUAGGAAGUCUUGUAUUUACUGACUAGGAAUUCUUGUAUAUACUGACUAGAAAGUGUUGUAUUUACUGAGAAGUGUUUGUCACGUUUCGCGAGGCUGCUCCUGCCUCUUGUUGGCAGCUUCGGCGGUCGUGCCCGAGUACUCGCUGCCACGUUCGAUUUUCAUUUGUUUGUUUUUCGUUUGUACAACCGUCCCUUGUUAGUGUUUGAUUUUGUUUCCUAUUUAGUUACGUGUUUGGGUCAAGUGUUAUGGUGUAUUGUUAUGUCAGCUGUGAGUUGAUGGUUUCUCUUCGUGGUUGUGUCGAGAGUCCGCACUAGACGUGUUCGCCUUUUCUGUUACGCACUGUUGUUUUGGAAUUUGUUCAUGCUCCCGGUUGGGUGGUAUUCCCCUGUUUGAGUUACUAUUUUGGAUACUAAAAACCCGUGUUCUGCGCUUGAUUCCCUGCACCACAUCCACACUAAAGCGUUCGACAGGUUGUAUUUUACGACUAGAAUAUUGUAUUACUGACUAGGAAGUAUUGGUAUUUACUGACUAGGAAUAUUGUAUUUACUGACUAGGAAGUAUUGUAUUUACUGACUAGGAGUAUUGUAUUUAGGAAGUAUUUUUUACGACUAGGAAGUAUUGUAUUUACUGACUAGGAAGUAUUGUAUUUACUGACUAGGAAGUAUUGUAUUUACUGACUAGGAAGUAUUGUAUUUACUGACUAGGAAGUAUUGUAUUAGGAAGUAUUGUAUUUACUGACUAGGAAGUAUUGUAUUUACUGACUAGGAAGUAUUGUAUUUACUGACUAGGAAGUAUUGUAUUUACUGACUAGGAAGUGUUGUAUUUACUGACUAGGAAGUAUUGUAUUGGAAGUAUUGUAUUUACUGACUAGGAAGUAUUGUAUUUACUGACUAGGAAGUAUUGUAUUUACUGACUAGGAAGUAUUGUAUUUACUGACUAGGAAGUAUUGUAUUUACUGACUAGAAGUAUUGUAUUUAGGAAGUAUUGAUUACUGACUAGGAAGUAUUGUAUUUACUGACUAGGAAGUAUUGUAUUUACUGACUAGGAAGUAUUGAUUACUGACUAGGAAGUGUUGUAUUUACUGAUAGGAAGUAUUGUAUUUAGGAAGUAUUGUAUUUACUGACUAGGAAGUAUUGUAUUUACUGACUAGGAAGUAUUGUAUUUACUGACUAGGAAGUAUUGUAUUUACUGACUAGGAAGUGUUGUAUUUACUGAAUAGGAAAUAUUGCAUUUAAUGUCUAGGAAGUAUUGUAUUUAUUGAAUAGGAAGUAUUGUAUUUACUGACUAUGAAGUAUUGUAUUUACUGACUAGGAAGUAUUGUAUUUGACUGAAUAGGAAAUUUGCAUUAAUUCUUGGAAGUAGUGUAUUUACUGAUAGAGUUGUAUUUAUUGAAUAGGAAGUGUUGUAUUUACUGACUAUGAAGUAUUGUAUUUACUGACUAGGAAGUAUUGUAUUUACUAACUAGGAAGAAUUGUAUUUAAUGAAUAGGAAGUAUUGUAUUUACUGACUAGGAAGUAUUGCAUUUACUGACUAGGAAGUAUUGCAUUUACUGACUAGGAAGUAUUGCAUUUACUGACUAGGAAAUAUUGUAUUUACUGACUAGGAAGUACUGUAUUUACUGACUAUGGAGUAUUGUAUUUACUGACUAGGAAGUAUUGUAUUUAGGAAGUAUUGUAUUUACUGACUAGGAAGUAUUGUAUUUACUGACUAGGAAAUAUUGUAUUUACUGACUAGGAAUAUUGUAUUUACUGACUAGGAAGUAUUGUAUUUAAUGAAUUGGAAGCAUUGUAUUUAGGAAGUAUUGUAUUUACUGACUAGGAAGUAUUGUAUUUACUGACUAGGAAGUAUUGUAUUUACUGACUAGGAAGUGUUUAUUUAGGAAGUAUUGUAUUUACUGACUAGGAAGUAUUGUAUUUACUGAAUAGGAAAUAUUGCAUUUAAUGUCUAGGAAGUAUUGUAUUUACUGACUAGGAAGUAUUGUAUUUACUGACUAGGAAGUAUUGUAUUUAAUGAAUAGGAAGUAUUGUAUUUACUGACUAGGAAGUGUUGUAUUUAAUGACUAGAAAUAUUGUAUUUACUGACUAGGAAGUAUUGUAUUUAAUGAAUAGGAAGUAUUGUAUUUACUGACUAGGAAGUGGUGUAUUUACUGACUGAAAGUGUUGUAUUUAUGACUAGGAAGUGUUGUAUUUACUGACUAGAAGUAUUGUAUUUACUGACUAGAAGUGUUGUAUACUGAAUGGAAAUAUUGCAUUAAUGUCUAGGAAGUAUUGUAUUUAUGACUAGGAAGUAUUGUAUUUACUGACAUGAAUAUGUAUUAAUAAUAGGAAGUAUUGUAUUUACUGAAUAUGAAGUAGUGUAUUGGACUGAUAGGAAGUUGUUAUUUGAUGAAUAGGAUAUUGUAUUUACUGACUAGGAAGUAUUGUAUUUAAUGAAUAGGAGAUAUUGUAUUUACACUAGAAAGUAUUGUAUUUCACUGACUAGAAUAUGUUUUAUGAAUAGGAAGUAUUGUAUUACUGAUAUGAGUAUUGUAUUGACUGAAUAGGAAGUAUGUAUUUAUUGAAUAGUAGAUUGUAUUGAUGACUAGGAGUAUUGUAUUGAUGAAUAGAAGAUUGUAUUUAAUAAUAGAAGUUUGUUUUCUGAAUGGACGAUUGUAUUUAUGUCUAGGAAGAUUGUAUUACUGAUGGAAGUAUUGUAGUUAUAUAGAAGUUUGUUUUAAUGAUAGGAAGUUGUAUUUACGAUAGGAAGUUUGUAUUAGAAGUUAUUUAUACUGACAGGAUAUGUAUUAUGAUAGGAGAAUUGUAUUUAAUGUCUAGGAGUUGUUACGACUAGAAGUAUUGUAUUUAUGAAAGGAUUAUGUAUUUACUGAUAGAAGAAUUGUGUUUACUGACUAGGAAUAUUUUUUUACUAGGACUGUAGAGAGUCUUGGCUGUAGGAAGUAUUGUAUUUACUAAAGAGUCUUGUAUUUACUAGGAAGUUUUGGCUGUAGAUCAUCUUGGCUGAUGAGAGUAUUGUAUUUACUGGCUGUAGAGUGUUGUUUCUGAUCAUUAUUUCAGAUGGUUAGGGACUAGGAGCUAGUGAUUAGUGUUGUUUUUACUAUAGAGUCUUCUAUUUACUAGGAAGUCUGUGUAAGUGGUAGAUAACUUGGCUGAAUAUCUGGUUAGAGAAUGUUGUAUUUACUAGGAAGUCUGUAGAUAAUCUUGGCUGUAUAUAAUCUUGUAUUUACUAUGAAGUCUGUAGAUUAUUUUGGCUGUAGAGACUCUUGACUGUAGAGGAUGUUGCAUUUACUAGGAAGUCUGUAGAUAAUCUCGGCUGUAGAUAAUCUUGUAUUUACUAGGAAGUCUUCUAAAUGAAUAGCUGACUGAGUAUUAGCAGCAUUAGGCAAGGUGUUAACCUUUUAGAGUGCGUCAGCCAGGGUACUUAGCAGGGUUGUUGGCUAGACAGAGCCUUAACCAUCACCUGAUCUACACACCACAGAUAGACAGAGCCUUAACCAUCACCUGAUCUACACACCACAGAUAGCAGAGCCUUACCAUCACCAUGAUCUACACACCACAGAAGGACCAGAAGCCUAACCAUCACUGAUCUAACACCACACAGAUAGACAGAGCCUUAACCAUCACCUGAUCUACACACCACAGAUAGACAGAGCCUUAACCAUCACCUGAUCUACACACCACAGAUAGACAGAGCCUUAACCAUCACCUGAUCUACACACCACAGAUAGACAGAGCCUUAACCAUCACCUGAUCCACACACCACAGAUAGACAGAGCCUUAACCAUCACCUGAUCUACACACCGCAGAUAGACAGAGCCUUUACCAUCACCUGAUCUACACACCACAGAUAGACAGAGCCUUUAAUAACCAUCACCUGAUCUACACACCACAGAUAGACAGAGCCUUAACCAUCACCUGAUCUACACACCACAGAAGCACAUCCUCGUAACAUCUCAGAGUAGCAGGGCUGAUCCAGGAUCAGGUCCCCACCUGUCUAUGUAAUCUUAUUCAUCGUGAUCUAAAAGGCCAAAACCUGGAUCAGCGGCUACUCUGAGACGCUCUAUGAAUACAGGCCCUGGGCAGGACAAUACAGUGUAAGAUUGAGUUAUGAAUCGUCAUUAAAUAAAUAAAUAAAUAAAUAAAGUUAUUAACACCUUUCAUCCAUCCCUCUGUUGUUGUUGUUGUUGUUGUUGUUGUUGUUGUUGUGUUGUUGUCGUUGUCGUUGUCGUCGUUCAGCCGUCUGCCAGCUGAAGAACAAACUGGGCGUGGCCCCUGGCGAGCCGGAGACGGGCAGGGAGUUUAACCGUUAUGAAGAGCGCCUCCUGGAGGACUUUGCCGUGUACUGCGGCCUGGCCCUGCAGACCGUCCAGACCGUCCAACGCAUAGAGUACCAACGAGCCAGCCAGGAUGUCACCCAGGAGGUAUAUAUAUAUAUACAUAGAGUACCAACGAGCCAGCCAGGAUGUCACCCAGGAGGUAUAUAUAUAUAUACAUAGAGUACCAACGAGCCAGCCAGGAUGUCACCCAGGAGGUAGGGGGAGGAGACAUAAGUAUAUAUAUAUAUAUAUACAUACAGUACCAGUCAAAGGUUUGGACACACCUACUCAUUCAAGGGUUUUUCUUUAUUUUUACUAUUUUCUACAUUGUAGAAUAAUAGUGAAGACAUCAACACUAUGAAAUAACACAUAUGGAAUCAUGUAGUAACCAAAAAAAGUGUUAAACAAAUCAAAAUAUAUUUUAUAUUUGAGAUUCUUCAAAGAAGCCACCCUUUUUGCCUGGAUGACAGCUUUGCACACUCUUGGCAAUCAAUUGAAUUUACCGCAGUUGGACUGCAAUCAAGUUGUAGAAACAUCUCAAGGAUGAUCAAUGGAAACAGGAUGCACCUGAGCUCCAUUUAGAGUCUCAUCGCAAAGGGUCUGAAUACUUAUGUAAAUAAGGUAUUUCUGUUUUUUAUUUUUAAUACAUUUAAAAAUAUAUAUAUAAAGACCUGUUUUUGCUUCGUCAUUAUGGGGUAUUGUGUGUAGAUAGAUGAGGAUUUUUUUUUUUUUAAUCCAUUUUAGAAUAAGGCUGUAACGUAACAAAAUGUGGAAAAAGUCAAGGGGUCUGAAUACUUUCCGAAUGCACUGUGUAUAUAUAGACAUUUACAGUACAGCGUUGUACAUACACAUCUAAAAUCUAUGAAUUAAAAAAUCUGAGACACACUGGGGUCUUCCCAAAUGGAGCCCUAUUCCCUGGGUUCUGGUCAAAGGUAGUGGUCUAUAUAAUGAAUAGGAUGAUGCCAUGUGGGCUAAAGUGGUUGCCUCUGAAAUGGCCCCGUAAUCCCUAUAUACAGUAGGACCCAACUGGCCCCGUAUUCCCUAUAUACAGUAGGACCCAACUGGCCCCGUAUUCCCUAUAUACAGUAGGACCCAACUGGCCCCGUAUUCCCUAUAUACAGCAGGACCCAACUGGCCCCGUAUUCCCUAUAUACAGCAGGACCCAACUGGCCCCGUAUUCCCUAUAUACAGUAGGACCCAACUGGCCCCGUAUUCCCUAUAUACAGUAGGACCCAACUGGCCCCGUAUUCCCUAUAUACAGUAGGACCCAACUGGCCCCGUAUUCCCUAUAGACAGCAGGACCCAACUGGCCCCGUAUUCCCUAUAUACAGUAGGACCCAACUGGCCCCGUAUUCCCUAUAUACAGUAGGACCCAACUGGCCCCGUAUUCCCUAUAUACAGCAGGACCCAACUGGCCCCGUAUUCCCUAUAUACAGCAGGACCCAACUGGCCCCGUAUUCCCUAUAUACAGUAGGACCCAACUGGCCCCGUAUUCCCUAUAUACAGCAGGACCCAACUGGCCCCGUAUUCCCUAUAUACAGCAGGACCCAAAUGGCCCCGUAUUCCCUAUAGACAGUAGGAUCCAACUGGCCCCGUAUUCCCUAUAUACAGUAGGACCCACUGGCCCCCCUAUUCCCUAUAUACAGCAGGACCCAACUGGCCCCGAUUCCCUAUAGACAGUAGGAUCCAACUGGCCCCGUAUUCCCUAUAUACAGUAGGACCCAACUGGCCCCGUAUUCCCUAUAUACAGCAGGACCCAACUGGCCCCGUAUUCCCUAUAUACAGCAGGACCCAACUGGCCCGUAUUCCCUAUAUACAGUAGGACCCAACUGGCCCCGUAUUCCCUAUAUACAGUAGGACCCAACUGGCCCGUAUUCCCUAUAUACAGUAGGACCCAACUGGCCCCGUAUUCCCUAUAUACAGCAGGACCCAACUGGCCCCGUAUUCCCUAUAUACAGCAGGACCCAACUGGCCCCGUAUUCCCUAUACAGCAGGACCCAACUGGCCCCGUAUUCCCUAUAGACAGUAGGACCCAACUGGCCCGUAUUCCCUAUAGACAGUAG